GGUUUUCUGUUUGGCACAUAACGAUCAGCUAAUCGAACUCUUUUGUCGUCAAUGUCAAGUUUGUUGUUCGGGUGCGGAAUUGUAGGCGCCUGUGUGAACUUACCGCAAUCAAUGAAAGACCACCAAUGGAUGUUCCUGCAGAUACUGAUGUCGCUAGCCUUGGAGUUCUACCCCGGAAACACGACCCAGACACGACCUCUGACGGCCUCAAGCACGUCCUUUGUGAUUCUGCCGAAGGUGGUUGGCGGCUACUCGGUGACUAUUGACCAGGUGCCCUUUCAGGUAUCCGUGCGCCGUCGAUCGAUCCACGAGCGUCAUUACGGAAAGGGUCACUUGUGCGGAGGGGCUAUCAUCUCCCAGCGCGUCGUCUGCUCGGCAGCCCACUGCUACGCCAUAAAUAGUUCAAUACCGCUUCUCUACCGUGAUCCUGACCUAUAUGUAGUGGUGGCGGGUAGUAGUACCAUCGAUCGGGCGGACCGUUUCACACAGGAAUACCUGGUGCAGCGUAUCAUCGGCCACGAGUGGUACAAUAGGAGUACGCUGGAGAACGACAUUGCCCUUCUCUUUUUAAACGGCUUCAUUCCCUGGAAAUCGCAAGCGGUACGGGCGAUUCCGCUUUCCAUCAAAGCCCCCGAAGAGGGCACCACCUGUCUUAUUCACGGCUGGGGCAAGGUCUCCCAGAAGGACAAAUCGGCUUCGUUGCAGCAGGCACCUAUACCGAUCCUAAGCAAGGAGCUCUGCCAGGUGAUUUACAAGCUCCCAGCCUCACAGAUGUGCGCUGGAUUCUUGCAGGGCGGCAUUGACGCCUGCCAGGGCGAUUCCGGCGGACCGCUGAUCUGCGACGAGCAUCUGGCCGGAAUAAUAUCGUGGGGCGUGGGCUGUGCAGAUCCCGGUUACCCGGGUGUUUACACCAACGUGACGCACUUUCUAGAAUGGAUUCGGGCGGCGAACUCCUCGCUAGACUACUCUGAAUACCGUCAGAUACCGGCUUUGAACUCGGCUGGUCUCAAAUCUAUAUCAGCGCAGUUGUUGCAUCUUGGCCUUUUAGUACUUAUAGUAGAUCUUUUUUGGCGGCUGGACUGCAAAUAGAUCGCUUUAUUGCCCUGAUUUACAAGUGAAUUAUCUUGUCGUGACGUUGACCGACUCUAUUAAAUACAUAAAUGGAGGUGCUUA